AUGUCUGCCGUUCAGAUUCCUCCCGGCUCCAGCCAGCUAGCCUUGAACGAGCUUGGAUACCCUAUCUUCCCUCCCAGGCAGAACUAUUCCCAUGUUGAAGCCCUCCUGGAGAGGGCCAAGAUGGUCGACUGUGGCAUUACCGCCGAUUACUAUUACCUCAGCGAGGAUGAGGACGACACUAUGAGCGACGACGGUCUUCCCGCCGCUUCCCCCGUCGUCAAUGGCGACCCCGCCCCCACCUACGGCCCCGAGGAGGUACUACACCAGGCCUACCUCGCGUCGCGUAGCACAUACUCCAUGAUCGAAAGCCCCAGGGUUCACCCCGAGGAGAUGGUGUUGCCCUCCUGGUCCCCCCCUUCGCCUGUCUACUGCCCAGCGUCUCCUGUCUACUGCCCAGCGUCUCCUGUCUACUGCCCGGCUUCUCCCAUCUACUGCCCAGCGUCUCCCAUCUACUCUCCCGCUUCACCCACCUUCUCUGGAUUCUCGCCUGUAUACUCCCCUGCCUCUCCUGUAUACUCUCCGGCCUCUCCGGUGUACGCCCCUACCUCACCCGUCUACAACACCACCAGCACUAAGAUAGUCGACGAGACUUUGCCUGCCUCCUUCCCCUUGUCGCCACUCGCCACCAUCUCUCCCACCGACGCCUUGUGGUCUUCGGUACUGCCCCAAUGGCUGCCUGGCUCCCUGUUCACCGAGAGCCCCGAUUCCAUCUGUGAGGUUCUAUGCGUAGGAGAAGACUGGGACGUUGAGGAACUCGUUCUCCCUCCCGCCGUCUGCGAGGGCAUCGACCCUCUCCGAGCUCCUUGUCUCAUUGACCGUGAGAGCUUCGAGCAUGGUGUCAACUCUUGGGUCUGCCCAGGCUCCCCCAUUCCCGCCUCCAACAUCACCGACUACAACACCGAGGGUCGGGAGCGAGGUGCAUCUCUCGAAGCUGAGGAGACUUGGGCUGCCUCCUUGACCGUGUACAACGCGAGUCCCGAGAGUAGCCCUUGCCCUCUUUUGGGGAAAAGGAAGGUCGAAGAGAUCUUGGAGGAGGCUGCUGCAGAGGGACUCGAGUUGCCCUCCCGCAAGAAGGUCGCUCUUCUCAGGAGUAGCCUUUGA